ACAUAAUAGUUUACCGUCACUACCUUUAUAGUAUUUCAGCGUCCCUAUCCUUAAGCUAACAAAGAUGGCGUACGCCGAUAGUGGUGAUGGCUGCAUUGACUUCAUGAUCCCCAAGGACGCCCAGCAGGCGGUCAAGGACUCCUUUGAGUUUUGCAAGACUAACCUGUUUAACAACACAGAGGACGGCAGCAAGGACUGGGACUACGGCACCUUUUCAUGCCUCGGCAACGUCCCAUUGACCCUGGCGGUUAUCUGCUGCCCUUGCUGGGGCAGCUGCAUCCGCUACCGCAACAUGGAGUACAUGAGCGGCAAAUCUUGUGAGACGGCCUUUGUCAACGGGAUGGUGACGGGGGCGGUCUGCCUUGGACCAUGCUAUUACGCCGUAGUGCGCGGCCAGUUCCGUAAGAAGUACGGUCUCAAGGGCUCCCCGUGCCAAGAUUGGCUGUGCGGCUGCUGCCUGGGCCCAUGUGUGUUGUGCUCCGAAACGAACCAGCUUAUGGUCAGCCAGGGCAUUAAGGUCCCAUACCUCAACCUGAACAGCGGUUCCUCUGGCAAGGUCACGCCCGCAUAAGUAACGAAAAAAUGUUUAAAAUGUCAUAAGGUCAUUACUUUAUUAGCCACAACUGUGCAUGUUUUUGAACACGUAGUAUGUGAUGUGAUCGGCGGUAUGUUCGUGUGUCGAGUGUCCUCUCUGAAACCGCCAUUCAGCGUUCAUGCACACCGGUGCGCGAGAGCGGCGGGCUAUGCUUCAUUUCCAUUGUCACACGGCUACACCACCUUGGCCCGAGUGCCCGUGCCGCAUCGCAUCAGUCUUGGGAGCGCAGGAGGGACUGAGAGUGCGGAGUGCGGUUCAGUGCCUCUUGCACUCCCGGCCGCCCGGCGGCCCCCGCUGGCUGGCUGGUCCCUGCGGUCACCUUCACCACGCAUCCGUGUGCGCGUGUUACUCAUCGAUUUGCCCCCGAGCUUGCGCCUCGCUCCGCAUCCCCCUUGAAAUGGAGCGAUGCUCUGUCCGCGAGGCAGCAUUCGGUAACUGUGCGUGUUUUUGUUUACGAUGCUACGACAAGGAAUCCACACUUGACGCUUGACGUGGUUGCAUUCUAAGAGCGCGCGUGUAAGAACUUGUGUUGUGUAUGUGUUUAUAGCUCCUGCAAGCACCGUAUCUGACCGCAUGUCUCGACGCCUGUACGGGUGGCACUUAACGAUGUACUUGUCGUUCACAUGCAGCACGCGGUGAUUGU